AUGGGUAAAUUAAAUAAAGAAUAGAGACUUGAGAAGUAAUUGGCCAAAAAAGUAGAAAAGUAGGAUGCCUAUCAGUAAGUCAAAUUGUAAGAGAUUCCUGAAGAUGAUUUUAAUGUUGCCAAUCUGAUUUAAACACUUGAAGAUCAAGGAUAGUAGAUUGAUAGUGUUAAAACUCAAUACUUAAGAGUGCAUGAAAAAGCAGUAAGUCUAAUCAAUUAAAUUUAGAGGAUUGUAUAAGAACCAGAAACUCAAGCUGAAAGAGACUUACAAGAACGUAAAGUGGCUGCAACUGUGAUGAAGUAAGAUAUCAAAAAGUGGUUACCCAUUGUGAAGAAAAAUAGAGAGUCUGAGAGGAUAGACUUUACUAAAUAGAGGAAUGUCUAGAUAUCGAAGAUGUAAAUCAAUACAAUAAUGUAAUUAGUUCUGAUACUUCCAAUGCUUUAUUAAAUAAUCAUUUAGGUGUUAAACUAUAAAAUGCUAUGGAGGAAGUCGAGAAGGUCGAACAAAAACAAGAGUUGAAUGGGUAAUCAAAUCAAUAAAAGAGCAAUUUGCAAUUCUACAAUGAUCUAAAAAUGAAGAAGAUUUCAUCAAUUAAAUCUAAAAUCUACAAAUAAAUUAAGAAAAAGAAAGGUAAUAAGGAGAAGCUUAAAUUAAUGGCUUAACUAACACCUGCUGAAAGAAGGAAAGAAAUUGAGAAAUUGAGAUUAUCAAGAGCAAAGGAAAGAAUAACACUUAGACACUCGACCAAGAAUAAGUAUGUCUCUUAGCUUCUCAGAUUUGGAGGAGACAAGAAAUCUCUGAAACAACAAUAGUCAUUCCUCAAUAAUCUUAAACAUUAAUUAUUGGCCAAGGCAUAACUUAACGAAUUGGAGGAUGGCGAAUUUGACGAAGAGAACUUUAGAGAAUAAGCAAUUACUCAAUUGGAAUAAGAAUUAUUAGAUAUUGAAAGGAGAGAGAAGGAAAAAUAAAAUAAUUUUGGAUUCUUAGACAAAUAAAAGAAGCAAGACUUGCAAUAAUCAAAAUCCAUAGCAUAGAAGUUAUUGACAAUGCUCAAAUCUGGGAAUGAUGAUGCUAUCUAAAUAGAUGAAUCAGAAAAUCAAGAAUAGAAUAGUGAUGAAAACUAUGAGCCUAAUGAAAAUGGUGAUAAGGAUAAAUCAAAAAAUAAUGUUGAGAAUAACGAGUUCAAUGGCAGAGCAAAUUUUGUUAAUGAAACUAAAUAAUUAACUGAAACUUAGAAGAAGAAGAUUGAUGCAAAGACUUCUUUGUCUAAUUAUUUAAAUUAAGAACCUGAGAAGCAAUAAUAAUAAAAUAAAAUAGAAAAACAAUUAACUGUUUAAGAAGAAAAGAAGUAAUUGAUAGAAGGAUUGAAUAUCAAGAAUAUUAAAUAGAAGUAUGAAAAACAAGUGAAUUAAAAAUUGACUAAUCAGGACUUAAAGAAAUUGCAAUCAGAUCCGGAUGAAUUGUUAUAAUAAAAUUUGGCUAAUUUCAAUUUAGUUUUGGAUGAAGAUGAAGUAUUCAAUUUAAUCAUUAAACUUUUAGAAUGAAAAUGCAUUUAUAGAUGAGAAAAUAAAAGAUAUGGAAGAGGAGUUGCCUCCUGAACCAGCUAAUACAAAAGGAUGGGGAUCUUGGGCUGGAUUUGGUAUCAAAGAGAAAAAGCCAUUGACUUAGGAGUAGAUUUUAUAGAAUAAAAUAAAGAAAAUUAGAGAAGUGUAAAAGAAGAGACAGGAUGCAAAAUUAGAUAAUGUGAUCAUUAGUGAGAAAAGAGAUGUUAAGGUAUAGAUCAAUAUAAGGAUGUUUUAGUUUGCAAAAUAUUUAGUUCCAAAAUUGCCAAGUGAAUUUGCCAAUUCCUCACAAUUUGAUUAAUUACACACUUUGCCUCUUGGUCCGGAAUGGAACAGUUUGACUAGUCAUUCAGCAUUGACGUAGCCAUAAAUAAUUACUAAGGCAGGAGUUGUAAUAAAUCCUGUCAAGAUUCCUUAACAAAUAAACAAACUUGUUUGA